AUGGGCAGCUUUCUCACGUCGGUUCCGAUCAACUUUGUCAAUCCGUACGUGCAGAGUGCCAUUGGUGGGCGGGUCACUUUCAUUUACGGCGCGUUCUCGGCCGUCUCGUUAUUCUUUGUGUGGCUCUGUGUACCGGAGACUAGCCGACGGUCAUUGGAAGAGCUGGAUGAGAUGUUCCAGGAAAAGGUUCCCACUUGGAAAUUUGAUAAGUAUGUGUGCUCUGGCAUUGGGGCUGAGAUCGCAAAGUUGGACGACGUGGUGGAACUAUCCGAACGGAAAGACGUCAAGGUGGAUGUUUCGACACGAGGGUGA